CUCGGUUCAAGCUUUCCCACACAAAGUCCAACUACAAUAAUCCCAUCUUCGGAAAAGAAUUGAAAUAAAAUUCUCUUCUACUAUGAUGAGCACAAAAUGUUGAAGAAUAUAAAGUUGUGCUUAGAUACUCGAAAUUCCAUUGAAUGGCUCAAGUCAUUUCCCCCUCCAUCUUCUUCAACACAAAAUCACUCCAAAAACGCCAUGAGUUUCUUCCAAUUCCCUCUCUUCUACCAACAGCAGCAGCAAACAGCUCACAAGCACGAUCAAGAGAGAGAAAACUACAUGUACGAGACGAUCCAAUGUUUGCCUCUUCUUAGCAGAUUGACGGAGAAGGAGGUGAAGGAAGAGGAAGAUGAGGGCUUGGACCGAGAAAAGAGAGGGAGAUUGAAUGAGAAUGUAACGGUGGCUCUUCACAUAGGGUUGCCUGAAGUAGGAGGAAUUGAAGGAGACAAAAGAAAGCGCUAUGGUUUCAGCGAAGACGACGAAGAAUAUUCGGUGAAGAAGAAGAUGAACAAGUCAUCUAAUGGAAGCUUGAAUUGUGAGAGGAGAUUUUGGAUCCCAACUCCAGCACAGAUUCUUGUUGGGCCCAUGCAGUUUUCUUGCAACAUCUGCAGCAAGACCUUCAAUAGAUAUAAUAACAUGCAGAUGCACAUGUGGGGCCACGGUUCGGAGUUCCGAAAGGGGCCGGAGUCCCUGCGGGGCACGCAGCCGGCGGCAAUGCUGCGGCUGCCUUGCUACUGCUGCGCGGCGGGAUGCAAGAACAACGUGAACCACCCGCGCGCGAAGCCGCUCAAAGACUUCCGCACGCUGCAGACGCACUACAAGCGGAAGCACGGCGCGAAGCCCUUCGCGUGCCGGAAGUCGUGCGGCAAGUCGUUCGCUGUGAAGGGCGACUGGCGUACGCACGAGAAGAACUGCGGCAAGCUCUGGUAUUGCACCUGCGGCUCCGACUUCAAGCACAAGAGGUCACUCAAAGACCACAUCAGGUCAUUCGGCAAGGGCCACGCGCCCCACCCUUCACUCGACGGCUUCGCCUGCUCUGAUGACGACACGGCCUAGACCUCGCCCCCUUGUGUGUUGUGUCGUGUCGUUAUCGUGUUUUAGUGUUUUUUUUUGGUAUGGUGUUUGCUGGAGUGCUCGGCAGCAAAAAUUUCUCUCGCCCGCAUUUAGUUGCAGGAGGCGAAAUGAAGGGAGCGGUUUGCUGCUGAGCACUCGCUGCGUUGUUCCAUGUUCGGGUCGUGUUUAGAAUAAGGUGGUCUUCUACAAGUUGUGAAGCUGAUGAAUUUUUUUCCUUGGAAAUUGUGGGAGGAAAUUUGCCAGCUUCAAACUCUGUUGAUGUUGUUAUCUUUCCUUUUUUUCAGUUCAUGUUUUGCACUUGUUGUAGGUGCAAAACUUAUUUGCAUGUAGUACUAAUUUGUGUGUUUGGAUAAUCAAUGGCAUCUAUUGUUGCGUUGCUA